AUGACCAUAAUCACAAUAUACUCGCCUAAGGACGUGAGCACGCAGGACGGUUGCCAGAACUGGUUCCAUGCUUCGUGCAUUGAAGUGGCACUGGGCCCGGUCGUACCGUUCAUCACCAACUACAAAUUCUUCUGCAAGGUCUGCGCUGUCAAGUCCACAGGAAAGGGUCAGCUAAAUCAGGAACCAAAAGAGCCAGGGAGCGUACCCGAGUUCUUUGAGCGCGUUACCGCAGGAUGGAAGGAGAUAUGUGCUACCACGAUAGCGAAUCUCAUCAUUCAAGAGUAUCUCAAGAAGGCCAAGGACUUUCAAGGAUCACUGCCAAGCAAGAUACCGAGCGAGGAGAAUAUGUGGUCGGUCAAUGCUGAGUAUAUGGACUGGGACGAGUGUCGCUACUUUUUUAACAAGAAGGAUCACAUUCUUCCCUAUGUCGAUCGUCACUGGAAGGCACUAUGUACAGAUCGAAGCAGAACUCCGACUUGGUGGGCAACUCUUGGAAGUUGUCUGUACAUCUCAAAAGAUGUGUUUGCAGCCACGGAUGAGCAGACGCGGUCGGCAUCGUCGGAUUUUUGCCUUGUCAAAUCGAACCUUUGGAACAUGAAGCCAGGGCAUAUCGCAAGCCAUCAGUCAAUUAGUUCAAAAUCGCAAUCGGUACGGACACCACGCGAAGGAAAGAGAAAGGUUAAUACGGUUGCUGGAGGUCAGGAAGAUACUGGCAGCAGGAAAACCACGGUCGCGAAAUCCGAAAAGAAAUCUAAGGGCUCUGCCUCCAAUAACAACCGCCGUUUAGCAACCCCAUCAGUCAUCCCGCAAACAACCUAUAUACCCCUUCCAAACACGGCGGUCCCAGCCAGAGGCGGAGAAGCCCUUGCACCCUUCAGCACAUCCAACGAACAUCCUUACAAUCGAAAUCGAUUCAAAUAUGUCACCUGCGAACCGGAUCCGUUGUUGCAUUACAUGAUCUAUCGCCAAACAGCCAACCCGAUCUUGUCUGGAGUGCGUCUUUGCAGAGAGGACAUGAGCCCCUACAUGUUGAUUGACGAAGAAUGCAAGACCAUCACAACGGAGAAGGGGUUUCGAAUGGUUCGUGCUAAUUGUGGUGUCAGGGAAGGCAAAUGGUUCUAUGAGGUGACGAUCGAUAGAGGUGGAGAGCCGCGAUAUGAAGGACGUGAUGGCGCACAUGUACGUCUUGGCUGGACACGGCGUGAAGGAUUUGAUGCAUACAGCUAUGGUAUUCGGGAUACGACGGGCGAGACGGUGCAUAUGUCAAAGGUAACGCCGUUUGGAGAACCUUUCAAGACGGGCGAUGUCAUUGGGUUAUACAUCUCGCUUCCACCGGAUGGAAACGAGAACGCGUUUUUCAAGCAUCGACGACUUCGAAGGUCAUUCUACUUCAAAGGACAGCUUUAUUUCGAAUCUGUAGACUAUUCGCCAACGAAACGAUACAUCGAAAUGGCCGAGUAUGAGGCAACACCUGUCAAAACCAAUCUGGAAAAGCCUAUACCGCCACCUAUUAUACCAGGAUCCAAGAUUAUCGUUUACAAAAACGGCGUUUGCCAGGGCGUGAUGUGGCAGGACCUACUUGCGCUUUUACCGAUUGAGCAGAACGCCAAGGAGAAGGAACAGCUGCGGUUCGAUGACGGCACUCUGGGAUAUUACCCCGCCAUCUCUGUGUACAGGAACGGCACAGCAACAGCCAACUUUGGGCCUGAUUUCAAGUACCCUCCGGGCACAGAUCCAGAAGCGGAGGCCGAGAACAGGCCUAUGAUGGAAGAGGCUAAUAUAUGGCGACCCAUGUCCGAGCGAUGGGAGGAAAAAUUGAUUGAGGAAUGUUUGAUUGAUUUGGUCGACGAGGUCGAGCUGUGGGUGUCCGAGCAGGACCUCCUUGAAUAUGGCCUGCAGAGCGCGGCAAGCAAAAGCGAGGGCGGCGAUCCGUCCAUGGCGACUGAUCUAUCCAUGGCGACUGAUCUAUCCAUGGCAACCGACCAAGCGACUCCUCAAGGAUAUGAUCGUGGCAGAGAAGAGUACGAUGACAGCGAGAUGAGCAGCAGUGGUCGGCAGGAACGACCCCACGCAUCGGAGAGACGACAGCGUAGAGUGGGCGAAGAGGAUGAACGCGGCGAUAUGGACAUGUAUUCAGUGGUCGAGCGCGGUCAAGCAGGGGACGAGGACGAUGUUCGUGCUGAUCCUGACGAGGAUGAUCAUCGCGGCGGACAUCAGCGUGAGGACGACGAGUACUCUGACGAUGACGAUCGCCCACAUGAUGUUGAAAUGAUCGGCAGGGAUGACGAGCGAUAUUCGGAGAUGGAUGGCGGUGACGAGGGCGAUCGUCAUAAUCACGGGUACCAUAAUGGAGGCAGCCAUAGGGGCGAUCAGGGGCAUGACCACGAGCGCGGUUUAGAGCGAGAUGAUGCUGAGGACGAGUCUGAUUCUGGGAGCGAGUUUGGAAGUGAUGUCGCAUACUAUGACCGGCCGUAG